UUCUUGGCUCAUUCCUGUUCAUUUGUAGGAGCCGUCGAGACAGGAGGAAAUGAAAGGAGAGCAUAGUAAAGCAUGUGUGAAUGUGAUUAGAGGGUAUAGUGAUAGUCAAAUAGAGGUGAUGGAAGACAUGAACAAAUGAUUGAGAGAGCACUACGGAUAAAACAAAUAAAGCCCAGGCUGUGUGUGCGCGGAGAUGGCGGUGGCAUUGGCAUAACCCAAGCAACAAGAGGAGGGAACAUGGAGGCACGUCUCCUCUCUUGCCCUCUCCCUUUGGGGCUUUAGUUUCUGGUCAAACGGACGAAAUAGAAGCAAGGGGAAAAAGAAAAGAAGGAACCAAAAAAUCUCUUCUUUCUACUGUUUGAGUCAUUUAAACGUCUCCCGUGAGUCUCGUCUCUCCAUUUUCUUGGCGAAUUGUGCUUCUCGGCCCAGAUCUUGAAUCUCUCUUCAAUGGAGGGCCAACGAGCCAGCAAUUCUUCUGCGGGCUCCGGCCAAGACGGCGCUGCCGACGUCUCUCCUUGUUUCUAUGUCCCCAAUCCCUCUGGGGCUGACUUCGAUGCCGAUGCCGAUGCCUCUUCUCUCCCUGCCCCUCCCCCAGCUCCUCCAGUGGCAUUGUCCAUUCCUGUCGAGCUUGCUGCCGCCAUUCCUCUCGUUGAUCGCUUCCAGGUCGAAGCCUUUCUGCGUCUUAUGCAGAAGCAAAUCCACUCUGCCGGCAAGCGUGGCUUUUUUUCUUCCAAAAAGUCUUCUGGGUCUAACGUUCGCGAACGCUUCACUUUCGAGGACAUGCUUUGCUUCCAGAAGGAACCCAUCCCUACAUCCCUCCUCAAGAUAAACAGCGACCUCGUCGGCCGCGCUACCAAGUUGUUCCACAUAAUUUUGAAGUACAUGGGAGUUGAUUCUUCUGAUCGAGCAACCCCACCCAGUUUGGAUGAACGCAUUGAGCUUGUUGCAAAGUUGUAUAAGAAAACAUUGAAGCGUGUUGAACUCAGGGAUGAGCUUUUUGCCCAAAUCUCCAAACAGACUAGGCACAACCCUGACAGGCAAUACUUGGUAAAAGCUUGGGAAUUGAUGUACUUAUGUGCCUCCUCAAUGCCUCCUAGCAAAGAUAUUGGCGGAUUUUUAUCCGAGUACAUUCAUAAUGUGGCACAUGAUGCGAUGACUGAUCCAGAAGUUCAGAUUCUUGCUGUAAAUACCUUGAAGGCCUUGAAGCGUUCUAUAAAAGCUGGUCCGAGGCAUACCAUACCAGGCCGUGAAGAAAUUGAAGCUCUUUUGACCGCCAGAAAGCUCACGACCAUAGUCUUUUUCUUGGAUGAAACUUUUGAAGAAAUAUGGUAUGACAUGGCUACUACAGUCUCCGAUGCUGUCGAGGAGCUAGCUGGGACAAUCAAACUAUCAGCCUUUUCUAGCUUCAGUUUGUUUGAAUGUCGUAAAGUUGUUUCAAGCUCAAAAUCAUCUGAUCCUGGAAACGAGGAAUACAUAGGGUUGGAUGAUAACAAGUAUAUUGGGGACCUACUUUCAGAAUUCAAAGUUAUGAAGGAUAGAAACAAAGGGGAGAUACUUCAUUGCAAACUAGUAUUCAAGAAAAAGUUAUUUCGGGAGUCUGAUGAGGCUGUAACAGAUCCGAUGUUCGUGCAGCUUUCUUAUGUUCAACUGCAACACGAUUAUUUGUUGGGAAAUUAUCCUGUUGGAAGGGAUGACGCUGCUCAGCUUUGUGCACUACAAAUUCUUGUUGGGAUUGGAUUCGUUAGUAGCCCGGAGUCAUGCAUUGAUUGGACAUCACUCCUCGAGCGAUUUUUACCAAGACAAAUAGCAAUCACACGGGCAAAGCGUGAAUGGGAAUCAGAUAUUCUUUCUCGCUACCGUUCAAUGGAGAACUUGACCAAAGACGAUGCAAGACAACAAUUUUUGCGGAUAUUAAAAGCAUUGCCAUAUGGAAAUUCAGUCUUCUUCAGUGUCCGCAAGAUAGAUGAUCCUAUUGGACUGUUACCUGGACGAAUCAUUCUGGGUAUCAACAAACGUGGGGUUCACUUUUUUCGACCAGUUCCUAAAGAGUAUUUGCAUUCAGCAGAGCUACGAGACAUUAUGCAAUUUGGCAGCAGCAACACUGCUGUUUUUUUCAAAAUGAGAGUUGCCGGUGUUCUUCACAUAUUUCAGUUCGAAACUAAACAGGGAGAAGAGAUUUGUGUUGCUUUACAAACACAUAUAAAUGAUGUCAUGUUACGUCGUUAUUCCAAAGCUCGACCCGCUACUAGUAGUUUCGUGAAUGGAGAUAUUUCCUGCAGUUCUAAACCACAAAAUGUUGAAGUGUAUGAAAAACGUGUGCAAGAUCUUUCUAAGGCUUUUGAAGAGUCGCAAAAGAAGAUCGAUAAGUUGAUGGAGGAAUUGCAAGAGAAGAAUCACCAAGAAGUAACCAUGCGAGAAGAAUUAGAAGCCUUGUACAAUAAUUUGGAGCUUGAAAGGAAGAUCAUUUUGGAGGUUACAACUGAACGUGAUAAACUUAUAUCAUUGUGUGAUGAGAAGGACUCGACUCUUCAGGUCUUUAUGUCGGAGAUGCAGGACAUGGAAGCGAGGUUGGCCAAGCUGGAUAAGACGAUACCAAAUAAAGAUGCGAGACUGGAAUUCAAUGGAACAAAUAAUGAGAUGUUGCACAAGAUCCAGAAUGAGCUAGAACUCCGCAACAAGGAGUUGCAUACUGCUGUUGAAAAUACAAAACGAUUGUUAAAUGAGAACAGUUCAUUAGAGCAGAGGGUUUUCAAUAUCGAGAAAAAAAGAGCAGAGGAGCUCGAAACUAUUCAGAAGAGAUUUGAACAAGAAAAGAAGGUGUUGAAGCUCCGAGCUUCUGAACUUGAAAAGAAGCUAGAAAUGCUCACAAGAGAUUUAGCUACUGCCAAAUCUACCGUUGAAAUUAAGAAUUCUGAAAUGCUGGUAUUGCAAAAUAAUCUAAAAGAGCUAGAAGAGUUAAGAGAAAUGAAAGAGGACAUUGAUAGGAAGAAUGAGCAGACGGCUGCAAUCCUGAAGAUGCAGGGAACCCAACUUGCUGAGCUAGAAAUGCUUUACAAAAAAGAGCAAAUACUGAGGAAAAGAUACUAUAAUACAAUAGAAGAUAUGAAAGGCAAGAUUAGGGUCUAUUGCCGUAUAAGACCUCUAAAUGAGAAGGAGAUUUCUGAAAGAGAGAGGCAAUUGUUGGCGAGUGCGGAUGAGUUCACAGUUGAGCAUUCAUGGAAAGAUGAGAAAAAAAAACAACACAUAUAUGAUCGUGUAUUUGAUGAAAAUGCUAGUCAAGAUGACGUAUUUGAGGAUACAAGGUAUUUGGUGCAGUCGGCUGUGGAUGGGUACAAUGUUUGCAUCUUUGCAUAUGGUCAAACUGGUUCUGGAAAAACUUUUACUAUAUACGGGAGUGAAAGCAACCCUGGACUCACACCUCGAGCUAUGGAUGAACUUUUCAAAAUAUUAAAGCGAGAUAAUAAUAGAUUUACAUUUUCUCUAAAGGCCUACAUGGUGGAGUUAUAUCAGGAUACACUUAUAGAUCUUUUAUUACCAAAAGGAGUCAAACGCUUGAAACUUGAUAUUAAGAAAGACUCUAAGGGCAUGGUAUUUGUGGAGAAUGUGACAACUAUUCCUGUAUCAAAAUUGGAGGAACUGAAAGAUAUUAUUGAAAGGGGAUCUGAACGGCGACAUGUUUCUGGAACAAAUAUGAAUGAAGAAAGCUCGAGAUCUCACAUAGUACUUUCAGUUGUUCUUGAAAGUAUUGACCUUCAAACUCAGUCUACUGCCAGGGGCAAGUUAAGUUUUGUGGAUCUUGCUGGAUCAGAAAGAGUAAAAAAGUCCGGCUCCGCUGGUUGUCAACUUAAAGAAGCUCAAAGUAUCAACAAAUCACUUUCAGCAUUGGGAGAUGUUAUUAGUGCUUUAUCUUCUGGCAACCAACAUAUUCCAUAUAGGAAUCAUAAGCUAACAAUGUUGAUGAGUGAUUCUCUGGGCGGUAAUGCUAAAACAUUGAUGUUUGUCAAUGUGUCUCCAGCUGAAUCAAAUUUGGAGGAGACGUACAAUUCUCUUGUGUAUGCAUCAAGAGUACGAUCGAUUGUAAAUGAUCCAAGCAAAAAUAUUUCGUCCAAAGAGGUAGUUCGUUUGAAGAAGUUGGUUGCUUAUUGGAAAGAGCAAGCUGGCAAAAAGGGUGAAGAAGAAGAACUGGUGGAUAUUGAGGAGGAACGGACACCCAAAGAUGAGUCGGACGGCUAAACAUUUCUCAGAAUUUGUAUGAACUGAAAUGGAGACAAAUCUCUUCGUCAUUAGUUCCCGGUCUGGAAGAAUAGCUGAUUAAUAGUACGAGACUGAUGUUGUAGAACAUUAUCCAUUCUCAUCUGUAUAAACAUUUAAUGUAACAUUAUUAUCUUUGAAAGGGGGCGAGUUCUCUGUCUUUGAAGUA